AUGGGUCGCAAGCUAGGACUCUUUCGAGCGGCCUACCUGGUAUCAGCUAGCUGUAUGGGCUCCUUCGCAUUUGCCUUCGACACUGGAAUAAUCAGUGGUGUUCUCGCGUUAGAAUCAUUCCAGCAGGAUUUCAGAUACAACCACUACACCAAAGCCCAAAAAACCACUAUCAACUCCAACGCAGUCUCGAUCCUCCAAGGUGGAGCCUUUUUCGGCUGUUUCUUCGUCUCCCCGAUCGCUGCAUACCUGGGCCGGAGGACUGGCUUGAUUAUCAGUUCUAUCGUCUUCUCUAUCGGCACUAUCCUCCAGAUCAUCAAUAGUCACAGUCUGGGAACUUUCUAUGCAGGUCGUGUGGUUGCAGGGCUGGGCAUUGGUGCGGCGACCGUCUUGGUUCCGAUGUAUUCGGCAGAAAUGUCUCCUAAGGAAAUCCGGGGUCGACUGGGGGCUUGCUUCCAGCUGUUCUUUGCGUUGGGGGUCAUGAUCGCGUAUUGGACUACAUAUGCUGUCUCCAAAGACCAGCAUAAGGGUUCCAAUCAAUGGCAGACGGCACUCGGGCUGCAACUUCUUGGUUCAACAUUGUUGCUCGUCGGAAUGUGCACUGUCAAGGAGAGUGCGCGAUGGCUUGCUUCGAAAGGGAAACUGGAAAAAGCCCAUGAGUCAUUGAGGUGGGUUCGUGGUGGCGAGGAGACCGAAGCACUCCAGCAAGAAUUUGAAGAGAUUCUAGCAGGCAUUGAUGAGGAAGCACGUAUUAAGGAGAACUUGACCUUUAAGGAACUUCUUCUCCCCGUGAACCGAUACCGACUAUUCAUCGCUGUCACGAUCCAGCUCUCGGCGCAACUGACCGGUAACACAUCUUUGGCCUACUACGCCACCCAGAUUUUUAGUGCUGUCGGAGCUGGCAGUUCUGCCAAGCUAGUCACUGGAUUUUUCGGCGUUGUUAAGGUAGUGGGUGUUCUCACAUUUCAAUUAUUUGUGCUGGACCGGGUUGGGCGUCGAGUUCCUUUCAUGGCUGGUGCCUUUGCGAUGGGAUCAUUCAUGCUUAUAAUCGCUUGUAUCCUGGCUACUCACCCUGUCAGUUCCGAUUCGACUUCAGGGCCCAGCUCGGCUGGUAUUGCCUGCAUUCUCAUGACGUACGCAGAGGCAUUCAGCUUCAACAUGUCCUGGGGUCCGCUGCCAUGGCUCUAUGUCGGAGAGAUCUUCUCAAGCCGCACGCGAGAACUCGGGGUCACAGUCGGAGCAGCCUCUCAGUGGCUGUUCAACUUUAUGAUGUCCCAGGUCACUCCCCAUGCGGUGACUAACAUCGGCUGGCGCAUGUUCUUGAUGUUUGCUAUCUUUAACUAUGCUAUUAUUGGGUAUUCCUGGCUAGUCCUAAAAGAGACUUCAAAUCACUCCUUGGAAGAGAUGCAGGAGGUGUUUGGCGGCACCAGGAGACAGAGUAAACUGGAAUCUACAGAGUGUGAAGAACAUGCGGGACAGUUGGAGCUGGAGACAAAGCAUAAGGAGCAGCCAGGUACUGUGCAACAGCAGCAGGAGCUGGGAUCUGUGCGACCAAAUGUUAACAGAUAA